GAGUCAGGUGUCCUCCGGGGUCCCUUAGUCUCUUCACUUUGGGUUUAAGGGGAGGCAGAUCACCGCAGUGGUGGGCAAAGCAGCUCAUGUGAAGGUUGCACAGGAAGGGGAAAGACGGAAGACCCGCCUCCGUUCUCCUCUCUCCCACUUUAUUCCACUCAUGCCCCCAACUUAUGGGAUGACAUAAGUGGCGCCUGCAUUCUCUCUCCCGCAGAUCCUCCCUGGAAACGCCCUGACCCAGAAGACCGACUGUCGCACUAAUCUCCUGGGUGAUUCUCUUUCCAGUCAGGUCGAAGGGCAAAACCAACCCACCACAAAGCCGAGGGGGGUUCACAUCCUCUUUGCCCUGAUCUCUCACACUGUAAGACUGCUGAAAUGAGCCAGGCGGUGGUGGCACACACCUCUAAUCCCAGUACUCCGGAGGCAGAGGCAGGCGGAUCUCUGAGUUCCAGGACAGCCUGCCUGGUCUGCACAGAGAAACCCUGUCUCGAAACAAAACAAUACUGAAAUGACUGCCUUCAAGCCACUAAACGCAGCUCUCUGAAACUGUGAGUCAAAUGACUCUUGUUCUCUUUUAAGUUUAUCAUGGCAGGUAAUUGGUCACAUUUGGUUUCUUUUUCCUUUUCCCAAGAGGCCAGGGAAACUGAGGCCAGGGAGUACCAUCUUGGGUGGGGGACAAGCUGGAACCUUCCUCCAGCCCCAGAAUCCCAAGGCUAUCACUCUCAUGAAACUCUGCGUGGCUCCUGGAAAUCCGUGGAGCCUCCGAUCUCUAAACUCCAGAGACCUCGUCCCACCAGAGCAUCUCUGGCUCCGGCAGAUAGGGAGCAUGCGCUGAGGGAGUCUCACUCUGUAGCUCAACCUGUCCUUGAACUUGAGUCAGUUCUCCACCCAAGCCUCCAUGUGCUGAAAUUACAGGCAUGAGCCACCACACUCAGGUCUCUGACAGGCAGGCAGGGGGCCUGCAGACAGGGCAGGGCACCGGCAGGCGAGACCAAGCAGAUGGAGGCCAGCAGCCCCCUGGGAAGGCACAGUCCCCACAGGAGGAUACCAGCCUGGAAGCAGGGGCAAAGCCCUUGAAAGUGUGCGUCGUGGGCUCAGGGAACUGGGGAUCAGUUGUUUCAAAAAUCAUCGGGAGCAAUGUGAAGAACAUGAAGAAGUUUGCAUCCACGGUCAUGAUGUGGGUAUUCGAAGAAAUGGUCAACGGGAGGAAGCUGACAGACAUCAUUAAUAGUGACCACAAAAACGUAAAGCACCUGCCUGGACACAGGCUACCAGAGAAUGUAGUGGCCACCUCGAGUCUCGGCCAGGCUGUGCAGGAUGCAGACCUGCUGGUAUUUGCUUCCCCACACUAGUUCAUUCGAACCAUCUGUGAUAAGAUUGCCGACAUAGUCCCCACGAAGGCCCUGGGCCUCAGCUUGAUCAAGGGCAUAGACCAGGGCCCCGAGGGCCUGAAGCUUGCCUCUGACAUCAUCGGAGAGAAGGUGGGCAUAGACGUCAGCGUGCUGAUGGGGGCCAACAUAGCCAGAGAGGUGGCCGAAGAGCACUUCUGUGAGACCACCAUUGGCAGCAAGGUGCUGAAGAAUGGCCUUCUCUUCAAAGAGCUGCUGCAGACCCCCAAAUUCCAAAUCACUGUGGUGGAAGACUCAGACACAGUGGAGCUGUCUGGGGCUCUAAAGAACAUUGUCGCCCUGGGGGUCGGCUUCUGCGACAGUUCUGGAAACAGCACCAAGGCCGCUGUCAUCCGCCUGGGCCUCAUGGAAAUGAUCGAGUUUGCCAGGACGUUUGGCAAGGGCCAGGUGUCUACAGCCACUUUUCUGGAGAGCUGUGGGGUGGCUGAUCUUGUCGGUACCCGUUAAGGGGGACGGAACCGCAAGGUAGCUGAAGCCUUUGCCAGGACCGGAAAGACUAUUGAGGAAUUGGAGAAGGAGAUGCUGAACGGACAAAAGCUGCAGGGACCACAUACCUCUGCCCAGGUGUACCACAUCCUCAAGCACAAGGGCCUGCUGGACAGCUUCCCACUGUUCACAGCCGUGUAUCAGAUCUGCUUUGAGGGCAGACCAGUUGCAUAUAUGAUUCCAUGUUUGCAGAACCACCCAGAGUACAAGCGAAGGGAACAGGGGACUGGUGCGGCUCUACCUUGGCCAUCUCAGGAUCACGUGGAAACCAGGAAGUAACAGUGAGAUGUUUGCCUGGCUUUCUCCCAUCUUGGACACAUAUGAAUUAUUAUGGCUUCAUUUCUGGGUCAUGAGAGACAACUCGUCAGCUGAUAUACUGGUAACAACUACACAUACAUGAUGAAUGUGAAAAAAAAAAAAGCAAAAAAAAAAAUACAGCUUGGUAGAUUGAAUCAGGAUUCCAAUAAGGUUCGGAGCUGUUUACCUUGUGUCUCUGUGUGGGCAUGUGUGUCCAUGUAAGUGAAGAAGCAUACGGGUCUUUGUGGGUGGAAUAUAUGUUUACAUACAUGUAUAAGAGUG